AGCAGGAGAAAAGAAGAAAGGAAUACAGAAUGCUGAAGAGGUUGAGCAGCGGACUAUGGAACUAUCACAGCCUUUUCCUGAUCAUCCUUACGCCAUUGCUGCUGCUUCCUCUCCUUCUUGUCAUUGGCACAAAGGAGGCAGAGUGUGGCUUUGUGCUGCUUCUGAUGGCGAUAUACUGGGUGACCGAGGUGAUUCCUCUGUCCAUGACUGCCAUGCUCCCUGCCAUACUCUUCCCCAUCUUUGGUAUCAUGAAGUCCUCCAGUGUGGCGAAAGAGUAUUUUAAAGACUUCCACUUGCUGCUUGUGGGCGUCAUCUGCCUCGCCACGUCCAUUGAGAAGUGGGGACUCCAUCGCAGAAUUGCUCUGAGGCUUGUGACUUUGGUGGGAGUCAACCCUGCAUGGUUGAUGUUGGGGUUUAUGUCCGGCUGCGCCUUCCUUUCCAUGUGGGUCCAAAACACUUCGGCUGUUGCCAUGGUGAUGCCGAUCGUGGAAGCUGUUCUUCAGCAGAUAUUGAAGGCAAAGGAAGGAGCUUGUGCUGGCGAAGACAACUACAACCUGCAGCUGGAUGAAACUGAUCAACAGACUGAACAGAUGAGAGAAACUGCGAGGGAUGAGAGUCAAGGCGAUGCUCCUAAAGAACCAGUCACUUGUGUUCAAAUACAAAUAUCGUCACCGCCUGCUCAGGCUGCAGAGGGUGAAUCUCCAUCUUCCAGCUCAACUAAGCAGGAUCUGAUGUUCUGCAAAGCCAUGUCCCUCGGCAUCGCCUACUCGUCCAACAUUGGUGGCAUCACCACGCUGCCAGGAACCUCUCCCAACCUCAUCUUCUCUGAGUACCUCAACCAGAUCUACCCAAACUGCAACUGCAUUAACUUUGGGAACUGGCUCCUGUUGUGCCUGCCUAUCAGUGUUAUCAUGCUGCUGCUGACAUGGACAUGGCUGUACUGGCUCUUCAUUGGCUCAGACUUUCGGUUCCUGUGGAAAUGUGGAGGAGAGCAGUCCAGAAAAGAGAAGGCAGCAAGAAAAGUGAUAGAAGAAGAGCUCAGGUCGUUGGGACCCAUAAGAUCUCAGGAGAUCAUCACUGGGAUCAUUUUCCUGGUGAUGGUGUUGUUGUGGUUGACCAGAUCCCCUGGUUUCAUGCCAGGCUGGGCUUCUCUCUUUCCUCAUCACACUGGCUACAUCACGGAUGCCACUGUAGCUCUGACGCUGGGGUUCCUCCUGUUCAUCAUACCUGCGUAUCAGCCCUCCAGGAAAUACGAGGCCAUGAUCUCCUGGAAGGAGUUCCAGGCGUCAAUGCCGUGGAAAGUGGCCCUGCUUGUCGGUGGAGGUUUUGCACUCGCUGAAGGGACAAAGGAGUCGGGCCUGUCUUUGUGGGUGGCUGAACUUCUGACUCCUCUGGGUGGUCUGCCAGUCUUAGCCACAAUCACAGUUGUUUGCAUCAUCGUCACCACACUAACAGAGGUGGCCAGCAACGCUGCCACCGUUACCAUCUUCCUCCCCAUCCUCUCUCCUCUGGCUGAAGCCAUCCAUGUCAACCCGUUAUAUGUCCUGAUCCCUGCUACGCUGUGUACGUCCUUCUCCUUCCUGCUGCCAGUGUCCAACCCACCCAAUGCUAUCGUGUUUGCCUACGGACACCUAACCAUCAUGGACAUGGUGAAGGCGGGGCUUGGCGUCAACGUGAUUGGUUUCCUCUGUGUCAUGCUGGCUAUAGUGACGUGGGGAGUUCCUUUGUUCUCUCUGCAUACGUACCCCGACUGGGCGCCAGUUCUUCCUGGCUUCAACUCCACAAUGCCUUGAUUGUGGGUCCUUACGAAUGUUUUUGUUUUUUGUUUUUUUACACAAGACUUAAGGUCCACCAGCAAGCCUCUUAAGACCUCCAGUUAGGCUCAUUGGUACUGCUCUUCGAGUGUAGGUUUAAUGUUACCAUUCAUGGUUUAGUGGUUUUACUGACCCCACUCUGCCAAUAUAAACACACAAGCCCCUGUUAAACCAGGUUGUAGCCUACAUAUGUUAUUUAAAAAUAAA